UUGAUUACAGACGGACGAGAGCGAGAGUGGGGGAUUUGUGUUCCGUCUCUCUCUCGCUCAUCCUCUCUUCGCUUCUCUCUGUGAAUGUAUGUAGGCAGGCGGGCGAGGCUUUAGCCCCUUUUUUUCUCUGCGUUUUCUUUCCAUUCCAUUGCGUGUCUGCUUCCCCAAAACCAAUUCCCUCCAUUCUUCUUUUUUUCAUUCCCGACAAGUUAAUUGAAUGCUGUUGUUAUGUAAUAUAUAUAUCCUAGCUCCAUUGAAUCCCCCCUUUUCAUUCGUCUUUUUCUUUUUAUCUUUCCGUGAAAAAGGGAUUUCCUCCCCUUUCUAACAAAGUGUUGCCACCACUUUGAUUCCUUCCAAUUCCCUCAACUCUUGUUUUUCCUCAUUUUCGUGCUUGCGGAGAUUAGGGUUUUAUUCCCCUGCGUUGGUUCUCGUUUCUGGGUACUGGUGAUUGCUGCUAUUGCUGGAUUUUUGUCUUAGGGUUAUCGAAUCGGAUCGGAAUUUCAAACUUGUGUGUUAGGGUUUUGAUCAGCGAGUCCCGACUUGGCACUGAUUAUUGGGUGUUUCCGGCGGGUUUUUUUUUAUACCGCUAACUCUUGCAUAGGCGGAUCGCCCGAUUAAUGAAGUGUGCUUUGGACUUCCGAGGUGUCGAGCUGAAAAUUGGCAUUGAACUCUAGCUUUCCAAUCUGACUGAAUGCCAUAAUAAGAAUGCUGUUAUUAGUGUUCGUUCCCAAAGGGCAUGGAAGAGGACUGUAGGUAAACCUAGAAUUUGUAUGUUAUCAGUGUUAUUAAAAAAAAAAAAAAAAGAACAAGAACAACAAAGGAAAAGGAAAAAUACAGGUUGACCAUUUUGCCUUAGCUGGAUGGUGCUGGAGAUGUCUUGGUAAUUAUAUUUGUCACAUGGUGGGGUAAUCAUUGAGAAGUAAUACUUUCAAAGAGAUCAGAACCAAAUUGCAGUGGACAAUUUUCCUUUCUCAAGUUACCAUUCGGAUUGACAUAGUUAUUGUGGAAGCUUUUGCUAUAAAAGAAGUGAAUUAUUGUAUAUUACAGUUUUUCAUUGGUGUCUGCUGUGAGUGCUGGACAAGGCUUUUAGAGCUUCUAUUGCAUAGAGCUAAGAUUUCAGUGUGGGGGGUUUAUGGAAGACUGAUUCAGUGGGUGUUAAAGGCCUACUGAAAUUGGAAAGGGACGUGGUGUUAUGGUGCAUUGGUAGGAUAAUAAUUGCUGUUAUUUUCCCUUACUGGAAUACUGCUUCGAGAAAGUAAUUGGGGGAUACCAUUUUCUCAACAACACUCUUUUUGCUAGCGGUAGAAUUCUUUGCAAUGUCUCGCUGCUUUCCAUUUCCACCACCUGGAUACGAAAAGAAGCCUAGACCAGAAGAUGCAGGCCUAUUAAAAGAGGAGAAACAUAAAGAGAAAAAGCACAAAAAGGAUAAGAAAGACAAGGAGAAGAGAGAAGGCAAAGAGAAAAAGGAGAAGGAUAGAAGUGAUGGGAAGCACAAAGCAAAGAAAGAGAAAAAAGAUAAACACAAGGAUAAGAAAGAGAAACAUCGGGACAAAAAGGACAAAAACAAAGAUAAAGAGAGAAGCAGCAUUUCUGAGGAGGCAAGACUAGCCGGGCAUCUUGGGGCAUCUAGUGCAGACCCUGGGAAGAAUGAUGAACAAAACAGUGGCAUUUUCUUAGAGAACAAGAAAUAUGCUGCUCAGCACCAAGACCAGCAUGGGCAAAAGCCAGUUCAAACCAGCAUUCCUGAUAGAGAGGUAGAUGAAUCAAAAUUUGUGCAGGAGUUGGGUAGGAGGAUCAAAGAUGAUGAGAAGGGCAAAGGGAAUCAAUUGGCUAAGAGUGUUGGUAGUUUUGGCGAGCGGAAAAGGGAUGAAAUGAUGGAUAGGUUAGGGAACAAGGAUGUUGGAAUUUUUGGUGAAGAUGACAUGGAGAAGAGAGUUGGUAACAGUGUGAUGGGUGCACAAGCAACCUGGAAUGGAUCUGUAUUUAGCGGGAAUGCAACGGUCCCCAACUUUUCUGGGGCCAGCAAAAGUAAAGUUGAAGGAAUGCCUAGACCAUUGGAGGAGAAUAAUGAGAGGAAAGAAGUAAAGGAAAAACCUAAAAGAGGUGAUGAAAAACUGGGGCACAAAAAGGAAAAAGAAAAAACUAAAGGAGGUGAUGAAAAACUGGGGCACAAAAGCAAGGAUAACGACCGGGAUAAAAAAAGCCAGAAGAAGGAUAAAGACCGGGAAAAGAAGGAAAAGGUUAAAGAGAAAAACAAGCUCAAGAACAGUGAGCAGGAUAGAUUCAGAAACAACAGUAAAAAUGAUUCUAUUGCUGUUACCAAUAGUAAAACUCUACACAUUUCUGGGGACAAUAAUGAUGCUGCCCUUGAAGGAAAUAUCAGAAAGAGGAAAGAUAUUGAGAGCAAUGGUUUUUUACAUGAAAGCGAAUCCAGGCCUGCUAAAUUGCCCAGGCAUAUUCCUAAUGAGACUAUAGAGAAUGGAAGUAAGGUGGAGCCACCUCAAACACCCCACCUCUAUACCUCAGCUAGACAAGGAGGUGGCUCUAAUCUUAAAGUGGUUAAUACGGAUCACAGAAUCAAUGGCACAAUACAAGGUCAGCUAUUGUCUGGCUCUAAACCAAAACCUUCACCAAUGAUUACUGAUAAUUGUCAAAUUGCUGAAGCAUCUAGGAAACCUCCCUGUUCUGAUGAAAUAGCUGAAGCAUGUAAGAAACCUCACCAUCCCUAUCAUCAAAUACAUGAAACAUCUAAAAAACCUCCCCAACCCAAUCAGAUAACUGAAACAUUGAAAAAGCCUCCUCAUCCGGACUUAAAGUAUCUCAGCCAGAUACUUUCUGUUCCCAAGAUGGACGAGUGGAAUGAAUAUGAUGACCAGGAAUGGUUGGUUGGAAGCAAGGAUUCUUCAGGAGGUAUGAAGCCCAAGGAUAUUCCCAAUGAGGAGCAACGGGUAUGGUCUGAAGCUCUGUAUAUAUCUCCUGAAAUUGUAGCUCUUCCCUAUGUUAUUCCUUAUUGAGUGCUUGUCAUUUGACGGGAAUAUUAUGGUGAGUUCUUCAAAUGUGGGAUCUUCACUUCAGAAGCAUCUCUCUCGGAGAUGGUUAUGCUGUGGUUUUGGUUGGCAUUCUCUAGGAGGGCGUGAUAGUGCAGUGAAGCAGCAAAUCUUUACUUCUUCUGUGGCAGCUUGGUGUACCAAUCUCCACACACACUUAUAGGAUUGUUUUGGCGAUUUUUUGCCCUACAUAUAGGGUGAACUCCUCCCCUCCUAAUUGAUUGGAAAUGGAAAAUCUGUGGAGGCCCCAAUCCCAGAUGAGAGAGAGAGAGAGAGGCUAAGGUAGUUUGAUUAAAGGAAGGUGAGAUGAGAUGCUGACAUGUUUCUAAUUGAGUGUAAAAGUAUGAGUGAGUGAUUCUAUCCACCGCAACAAAAUUUUGAUUUGUAACAUAGAACACGUAUAAAUGUUAGAUAGAGCAAAAAGGAAAAGGGGUUAGUUGCAAUUCAUGAUUUUGAUUUAGUUAUAUUUACAUUGCAUGACUCCCAAGUGUUA